AUGGGAGCAACGGUGUGGCAACGCGAUGGUCAGGGAGGCAAGACCUUCAACACUGGCAUACAGCAGAAUCCGCAGCGGCCAGGCAAGCGAAAGCUGGUCUGGAAGAGGGAGGACCAGCAGGCGCAGAAGCCUCCUGAAGUCCCUGCCCAGCGCAGCGCACCUCCCCCAGCACAGCACAGGGCCCCUCCGGUCUCAAACGGGUACAAGCGGCCGCGUGGCAAUGUCGCCCCUUCCGCGCAGCACUCACAGCCACCGCAGCCAAGGGCAUCCCGCGCAGCAGGGUCCUCGGAAGACUGGGAUGGGGAGGUCGUCUUUGAUGUGCCGGACAGUGAUCGAGGGGAGGCCAGCACCCCCGGCAGCGGCGGCAGCAAGGGGCAGCAGCCGUAUGCAAAUGGCAGCUUGCAUGGCGGGCGACUACAUAAUCCGGGGCAGAGCAACGGUCUGCAAGGGCGAGACAUGCAGGGGAAUGGCGGGCAUGCAGGCGGGGCGUCGAGCAGUGUGAGGGAGCAAUUAGAAAAAGCGGAAGCUGAGCGGAAGGUGCGAGCGGCGCAGGAGGAGCUGGCAGCGCUCAGGCGAGGCAUCGCUGAGAGAGAGCAGCGGCUGGCGCGAGAGCAGAGGGAUGCAGCGGCCUGGGAGGCCGGCCAGAGGUGGCAGCGGGACGACAUGGCCAGGCGAAAGUCGAGACUUGAAGCCGGUUUUGCAGAGGCUUUCAAGCUGGCAAAGCAGACAGCGGCGGCAGACAUGGCCAAGUCAGGGCGUGCCCCCGUCAGCGCGGCGGACGCGGCUGAGGUGGCGCGCGUGCUGGCGGCCAGGGAUGACUACGAGGUACUAAGCAUCCAGCCUGGCGCCAGCUCAGCAGCCGUGCGCAAGCGCUACCGCGAAAUGGCGGUUGCUCUGCACCCCGACAAGUGCCAGGUUCCGGAGGCAAAGGAUGCCUUCCAGCGCUUGGUCCGAGCUUACCAGGAACUUGUGAAGAAAGUGCCCUGA